ACGUGAAUCCAUAGGCACUUAAUAAUAUAGACUUGGACAAGAUAAGACACGAUGGGCAUGGUAUGGGACAAUUUCGUGCGUAAAUUUUUGUUUCUUCUGAUCGGAAUAGCACUGGGCUAUACUCUGUCCAUGAUUCAAUACGCACACGACAUCAAAAACGCCGGACACCCAGCUGCUACCUAUAACCAGGAUGUACAACGUCGCUUCUCAAUAGAUGGGAAUAUCCGACCUCCCCAGGAACCAGAGAAGAAAAAUGGGCCAAGGAAAAUACUUCUGGACUGCGGAGCUAAUGUCGCAUCUACAGUACAGUUAUUUAGGGAGACCUACCCUGAUGGAAGAGACUACACUAUCCACUCGUUUGAGCUAGAUUCGAGGCUGGCGCCCUACUUCGCGUCCUACUCCGACCACGUGCUGCACUGUCCAGUCGCCGUGGCCGGGAAAGAUGGAAACAUCACAGCGUACGCCGAGACAGCCUGGAGACCAGACAAAGGCAAGGUGGCCGGUGCAGACAUGCAGUGGGGAGGGGGGAGCAUUUACGUGUAUGAGGCCGAGAAAAAGAACGGCAACAUCGGCAGACAUCUCGGUUUUCAGAAUGUCAUACCCAUGGUGGAUCUGUCCAGGUGGAUACGGAAAAACACCGCCCAGGAAGACUACGUUAUUUUCAAAAUUGACGUCGAGGGGGCUGAGUAUGAAAUCUUGGAGAAAAUGCUCAAAGAGGGCACCUUCAAGUGGAUAGACAAGUGGGUCUACUCUAACUGUACCCGGUCUCCUGGUGGACCCGCCCGCCUGGCCCUGACGGUACAGGUCGGGAUGAACAGGAAGGCGGCCCACAAGCUGGUGGAGACUAUUCGGGCGCAUCACAGCAAAAUGCCGGUCACUCUGUUCGUGUACGGGGACUUCGUGCAGGAAUAUCCGGACCUGGUCACACAGUGGGCACAGAGAUACACCAUAGGGAUGCGAGAGAACGCACCCUUUCCAGAAGAUCACUGGGACCUUCAGAACACCAACGUCGUGCGGAUGGGAAUGAUCUCGGCCGUACAGCGGAUGAGAGAAGUGGGGCUGCAACCAGCCUACUUCUAUCCGAGUAGCCUGUCAAAACAGGUGAAAAAUGAAGCUAGUAGAAGGGGACUGAGAAUCAUCCAAUCGACAACCAAGUUUCCUCCGAACAUUGGCACGCUGUUGACGGAAAAGAACUACUACCGAUUCCGAGACGUGGAGAGGACGCCCAAGGCGCUCCGGAUCCUGCACGAACGGAUCUCAUACGGCGGGAUUCUCACUCUGGACAGUGAUCAUCCCGACAGCUACAUGAUCUCCGCUUUCCUCAUGGACUAUCUGUACGAAAACUCGGGCUUCGAGCUUGUCAGUAUAGACAACUGUUUAAAGUGAUAAAAUUAAUGCAUGAAUGAAUGCAUGGAUAAAUAAUCUUUAUUGUGCAUGCUCAACUUAUAUAUACUUUGUCGUACAUUGUAUGGCAACAAUGACAAUGUUAUCAUUACAGUACUGCUAGUCUAUUUUUAGAAGCUACACGACCAAAAUGCCAAUCUUGUUUUUCUUCAGAGAUAAUUUUCUUCCACUGAGAAAAUUUUUGUUCACCCAAGAAAAAAUCUUGUCCAUGAAUUGUGCAAGAAUUUCAAGAAACUGCAUUUUAGCAUAAUAUAUUAUCUUUCUUGUGUCAUUUUAUGACCUCACUGCAUGGUGUUCCUAUGAGCAAAAUAAGUCAGUACACUGUACGUAGUAUUUUAUUAUAAACCCUUUCUUCUUAAAAUUAUGUCAUAUACAAUUGAGUUUUUAGAGAACAAUCUAUUUAUACGGUUGUGACCAAAAAAUCACAUUUAUGAUGGCAUAUUACGUCAGAAUAACAUAGACGUUAGCAGUAGUUAUGAUAACGUUUUACUACUACACCAUCCUAAAAAAUCUGGUAGUCAUACUGUGUACCGUUCGCGAGUUCUGAGGGGGAGGCGAAGAAGCCCCCCCCCCCUCCCCCGUCCCACGAAGCCCGGUCUAAAUAGGGUUAAUUUACCACUGUAUUCCUCUGAGUAUUCUUAAUUUUCUAAACAUAGAAUGGGUCGAUACAAGAAAAUACCAAAUGACCAAAUUUUUGUCCAUUUUGUCCAAACAUGAUUGAAAAUGAGCACCAUGUCAUAUUUGA